CCUCUCCAUAUAACAGCAGCACACUACAGAUCAGAAGUUUUAUGAUCUCCAUUUUAAGUCACCAGGAUGACCGCAUACCUACUGAAGGUGAUACUGAAGAUGACUUGGAAGUUGGAGCAGGAGCCAUCAACCAUACUAGAUCAUUCCUACAUGAGCGAAUAGUGUCAGUGCAAACAGUGAGAUACCUCACUAGUCCAUGGCUGACACGUUUUGUUCCUUCAGUUUACACUGUAGUGCUUGUGCUGAGUCUCCCCCUGAACAUUACAGCGAUAGUCGUGUUUCUGAAAAAAAUGAAAAUUGAAAAGCCAGCUGUGAUAUACAUGCUGAAUUUGGCCCUUGCAGAUGUCCUGUUUGUAAGCGUGCUUCCUUUUAAGAUUGCUUAUCACUUUUCUGGAAAUGAUUGGGCUUUUGGACCCGAAAUGUGCCGUUUCAUCACUGCUGCCUUCUACUGUAACAUGUAUUGUUCAAUUAUGCUUAUGACGAGCAUUAGCUUCGAUCGCUUCUUAGCAGUGGUGUAUCCCAUGCAGUCUCUUGGGUGGCGUACGUUAACACGUGCCUCACUGAUUUGUUUCAUCAUAUGGCUUGUAGCAAUAGCUGGGGUUAUACCUUUUCUCAUUAGAGAGCAAACAAUGGAAAUACCCAAGUUAAAUAUAACUACUUGCCACGAUGUGCUAAGAGAAUCUGAGCUUCAUGGCUAUUACCUCCACUUCUUCUCCAUCUUCUCUUCUGUGUUUUUUGUAGUGCCAUUUAUAAUUUCUACUGUCUGUUACGUGUGUAUCAUUCGAUGUCUUAGUUCUUCUACUCUUGUUGCAAAACAAAAUAAGAAGACACGUGCCUUGCUCUUGUGUGUGGCUGUUUUUUCUGUUUUUGUUAUUUGCUUUGGACCAACAAAUGUUCUCCUAUUAAUUCAUUAUAUCCAUUUUUCUUACGACAACAGCUUAGAAUAUCUCUACUUUGCCUAUCUACUCUGUGUUUGUAUCAGCAGCAUUAGCUGUUGCAUUGACCCCUUCAUUUACUACUAUGCUUCUUCUCAGUAUCAGAGACAACUUUUCAGUCUCUUCAAUUUUAAGAAGACUUCUGAUCCUAACAGUAGUAACAGCAGUGGCCAGUCAGUGUCUACCACUAGUAGAAGGGGUACGUGCUCUACUAAUGUGAACAACAGUGUCUACAGGAAAUUAUUAGCAAUGCAUUGA